CACAAACCAAAGACAUCUGGAAGGCCCAGCGCAAAUGGGUGCACGCUGCCAUGGCCGAGGCGUACAAGCAGCACUUCUACGGGCACGUGGAGCGCGAGACGAGGCGGUAUUUGGGCCUGCUGCUCCUGGACCCGGCGCGGUUCCUCGACUACACGCGCGAGUACUGCGGGCGCGUCAUGUCGCGGCUGGCCUGGGACGACGCGACGCAGGGGCGGGCCAACGGCGAGAGCGCCGACACGACGCUGCACUGCAUGAGCGUGUCGGGCCCCAUCACCAACACGGCCACGCCCCUGUGGCACCUGCCCGCCUUCGCCAACCCCUGGUACCGCUUCGAGAUCCGCCGCGAGCGCGAGCAGCGCGCCUGGUGGCUCAGCAACUUCCGCCUGGCCAAGGACCGCAUGCGGAGGGGCGACCUGCCCGGCGACACGUGGGCGUACCGCUACUUUGAGCAGGUCGGGAGAGAGGGGAACGGCGAUCUCGACCAGACCGAGGACCAGGAGGUGUUUGCGAGCUGCAUGAUCGGCUUCCUCAACCUCGUCGGGGUCAUUACCAUCAGCGGGCCCCUGAAGUUCUUCCUCAUGGCCAUGGCCCUGCAUCCGGACUGCCAAAUCAAGGCACAGGCCGAGAUCGACCGCGUCUGCGGCGACCGCAUGCCGACGAUGCAGGACUUUGCCGAUCUGCCGACGGUCCGGGCGUGCAUGAAAGAGACGGUCCGGUGGAGGUCGAGUGUGCCCUUGGGUGUCCCUCAUCAAGCAGAGCGCGACGACGAGUACAGGGGGGUAAAGAUCAAGAAGGGAACCGUUGUCCUCGCCUGCGAAUGGGCCCUCAACCGCGUGCCGAGCCGGUAUCCGGACGGGGACAGCUUCCGGCCAGAGCGUUGGCUAGAGCCCGGGUGGCCGACGUACCAGGAGCCGCUGACGCGGUACCCCAACUUCCGCGAGGGCCAGGCGAUGCACACGUUCGGCUGGGGCCGCCGCACCUGCCUGGGCCAGCACCUGGUCGACGACGAGACCUUCGUCUUCGCCGCCGCCGUCCUGUGGGCCUUUGACCUCCGCCCCAAGGCCUGCCCGCGCACCGGCGAACCCGUGCCCAUCGACAGCCAGGCGACCAACAGCCACGUCAUCCUCGAACCCAGGCCGUACCAGCUCAGCAUCCGCGUCCGCAGCGCCGAGCGGGGCAAGCGGGUGCUGGAGGGCUACCGUGAGGUCAUGGGCGAGUUGAGGCUCUAAGGAUGGGGUGGAAUGCUAUAAAAGGCGUGAUAUAAGGGAUUAUUUUCUUUUCUAGUAGUGUUGGGUGGUUGCUCGUGGCUGAUCUCGGUACAGGUAAGGGAUCAGUCUUGAAUAUCUCCUUCCC